GACCCAACAGGCCUGAGGUUAAUUCAGCCAGGAAAGUGGGUGGGGAGGGCUGUGGGGCACUUGUCAAUUCGCCACCAUGAACGUGGUCUUUGCUGUGAAGCAGUAUAUUUCCAAAAUGAUAGAGGACAGCGGGCCCGGCAUGAAGGUACUUCUCAUGGAUAAAGAAACGACUGGUAUAGUGAGCAUGGUCUACACACAGUCAGAGAUUCUUCAGAAGGAAGUAUACCUCUUCGAACGAAUUGAUUCUCAAAAUCGAGAGAUCAUGAAACACCUAAAAGCAAUUUGUUUCCUUCGACCUACAAAGGAGAAUGUGGAUUCUCUGAUCCAGGAGCUCCGAAGACCCAAGUACAGCAUAUAUUUUAUUUAUUUCAGUAACGUCAUCAGCAAGAGUGAUGUGAAGUCCUUGGCUGAAGCUGACGAGCAGGAAGUUGUGGCUGAAGUUCAGGAAUUUUAUGGAGAUUACAUUGCUGUGAAUCCACAUUUGUUUUCCCUCAAUAUCUUGGGCUGCUGUCAGGGUCGAAAUUGGGAUCCAGCCCAGCUAUCCAGAACCACUCAAGGGCUGACUGCUCUCCUUUUGUCUCUGAAGAAGUGUCCCAUGAUUCGUUAUCAGCUUUCAUCAGAGGCUGCAAAGAGACUGGGAGAGUGUGUUAAGCAAGUGAUAAGUAAAGAGUACGAACUCUUUGAGUUCCGGCGGACAGAGGUUCCUCCACUGCUUCUCAUUCUGGAUCGCUGCGAUGACGCCAUCACCCCACUGCUCAACCAGUGGACAUAUCAGGCCAUGGUCCAUGAACUACUGGGCAUAAACAACAACCGGAUUGAUCUUUCCAGAGUGCCGGGAAUCAGCAAAGACUUAAGAGAGGUGGUCCUGUCCGCUGAGAACGAUGAAUUCUAUGCUAAUAACAUGUACCUGAACUUUGCCGAGAUUGGUAGCAAUAUAAAGAAUCUCAUGGAAGACUUCCAGAAGAAGAGACCGAAAGAGCAGCAAAAGCUAGAGUCCAUAGCAGACAUGAAGGCCUUUGUUGAAAAUUAUCCACAAUUCAAGAAGAUGUCUGGGACUGUCUCAAAGCAUGUGACAGUCGUUGGAGAACUGUCUCGGUUGGUCAGUGAACGGAACCUGCUGGAGGUUUCAGAGGUUGAGCAAGAACUGGCCUGUCAGAAUGACCAUUCUAGUGCUCUUCAGAAUGUGAAGAGACUCCUGCAGAAUCCGAAAGUCACAGAAUUUGAUGCAGUUCGCCUGGUGAUGCUUUAUGCUCUACAUUACGAGCGCCACAGCAGCAACAGCCUGCCAGGGCUCAUAGUGGACCUCAGGAGUAAAGGUGUUGCUGAGAAGUAUCGGAAGCUUGUGUCUGCAGUUGUUGAAUAUGGUGGUAAACGGGUUAGAGGAAGUGACCUCUUCAGCCCCAAAGAUGCCGUGGCUAUUACCAAACAGUUCCUCAAAGGCCUGAAGGGAGUGGAAAAUGUGUACACCCAGCACCAGCCUUUCCUGCAUGAGACCCUGGACCAUCUCAUCAAAGGGAAGCUUAAGGAAAACCUCUAUCCGUAUUUAGGCCCCAGCACACUCAGAGACAGGCCUCAGGACAUCAUCGUGUUCGUUAUUGGAGGAGCCACCUAUGAAGAGGCACUGACAGUCUAUAACCUCAACCGCACCACUCCCGGAGUGAGGAUCGUUCUGGGAGGAACAACAAUACACAACACAAAAAGUUUCCUAGAGGAAGUCCUGGCUUCUGGGCUGCACAGCCGCAGCAGAGAGAGCUCACAGGCCACCUCAAGGUCAGCAAGCAGAAGAUGAGAUGGCAGUUGAGAACAGAGAGAAUGUCACGGCCUCCCUCUUACCCCGUCUCGGCCUUCCCUGUGACCAGGGGCUUCAGGGUGGCUCUUGUGUUUGCUCUGACUCACUCCAGGUAACCCUGACUCCUGAACUGCUGGCACACCCGCCGGCUGGGACUGCCAAUGAUGAGCCCACCCCAACCCACUUGUGAUUCUGUAUCAAAUAAAUAUGUUCUUUGUGUAUUUGACAGCA